UUGUACACACUCUUUUCUUUCCUCUAUGAGAGACCUGCAGGGAGAUGAGACUUGUCCAGCUAUCUCCUUCUCUCAACUUUCUUCAUGACAUUUAACAACCUGAUAUCAUCAUAGUCAGUUACAACUAUGGCAGAGCCUGCGGUCAGGAUGGCGAAAACGGUGUCGUUCAAGAGGAGUUCCAGCAGCUUUGACAGAGGUUCAGUGGCCAGUGAAGAGGAUGAGAAGGAGCUGGAGUGGGCAGCUAUUGAGAGGCUUCCGACCAUGCGACGUCUUCGAAUGUCGGUGAUCGAGGACGAUGAAGAUGGUCAGAAUAGAGUGGUGGAUGUUGCGAAGCUCGGGCCAGGGGAGAAGCGUGUGUUUAUACAUAAACUGAUUAAUCAUGUUCAGACAGAUAAUGCUCGCUUGUUGCUCAAGAUGAAGCAGCGCAUGGACAAGGUUGGAAUAAAAUUGCCAACAGUGGAGGUCAGAUACAAGAACCUAUGUGUUGAAGCAAAAUGUGAGGUGGUCCAAGGAGAGCCUCUCCCCACACUCUGGAACUCCUUUAAAAGCAUUUUCGCGAUCUCUUACUGCAGAGCACCAGAAGCAAAGGUUGGCAUCAUAAAAGGAAUAAGUGGAAUCAUCAAGCCCUCAAGGAUGACCUUAUUGCUCGGACCACCGGGAUGUGGAAAGACCACAUUGCUAAAGGCUCUCGCAGGAAAGCUGGACAAAUCUUUAAAGGUAAGCGGGGAGGUUUCUUACAAUGAGUGCAAGUUAGACGAUCUCAAUUCUCAGAAGAUAUCAGCUUACAUAAGCCAGUAUGACUUGCAUACUCCUGAGAUGACAGUAAGAGAGACAAUUGAUUUUUCUGCCCGUUGUCAAGGCGUCGAAAGCAGAAAAGAAAUGAUGGCUGAAAUUAGUAGAAGGGAGAAGCAAGCAGGAAUUGUUCCUGAAUCAGAAAUUGAUACAUAUAUGAAGGCGAUAUCAGUCAGUGGAUUAGAGAGAACACUUCAAACAGAUUACACAAUGAAGAUACUGGGACUAGACGUUUGCGCUGAUACUCCUGUUGGUGAUGCGAUAAGACGAGGCAUAUCAGGUGGUCAGAAGAGGAGACUAGCAACUGGAGAAAUGAUUGUCAGUCCAAAAAGGGUGUUGUUUAUGGAUGAAAUCUCAAAUGGUUUGGACACCUCGACAACAUUUCAGAUUAUAAGCUGCCUUCAGCAAUUGGUCCACAUCACAAAUGUCACUGCAUUGAUAUCACUACUACAGCCUGCCCCGGAAACUUUUGAUCUUUUCGAUGAUAUAAUCUUGUAUGCAGAAGGCAAAGUAGUUUACCAUGGACCUCGAGUUGAUACCCUCGAAUUCUUUCAUGCGUGUGGUUUCCAGUGCCCAGAAAGAAAGGGUGUUGCUGACUUCCUACAAGAGGUAACCUCAAAAAAGGACCAGAGACAGUAUUGGUACAAUGCUGAUGUACCUUACAGAUAUAUUACAGUGGAUGAAUUCUGUGAAAAAUUCAAGAACUCUCGGAUGGGACAUAGUCUUGAUGAAGAGCUUUCUAGGACAGUUGAAGAUUCUGAAUCCUAUCUCAAGAAAGAUAUACUCCUUAAUGAUAAGAAAAAUAAAUAUUCUACGAACAAGUGGGGAUUGUUCAAGGCUUGCUUAGACAGGGAGAUUCUACUCACAAGACGAAACUCAUUUAUUCAUAUAUUCAAAUUAGCACAGCUCAUCAUAAUUGCAAUCAUAACGAUGACAGUCUUUCUACGGACAAGAAUGACUGUGGACUCGGAACAUUCAACUUAUAUUAUGGGUUCCUUGUUUUAUGGAAUUAUCCGAAUCCUGACUAAUGGAAUGGGAGAGCUGAACAUGACUGUCACUAGGCUUCCAGUUUUCUACAAAGAGAGAGCUCUCAGUUUCUACCCCUCCUGGGCUUAUGCUAUUACAGCUUUUCUCCUAAGGAUCCCCUUUUCUUUGGUGGAGUCCUUUGUUUGGACAGCUCUUACCUACUAUGUUAUAGGAUAUAGCCCAGAAGUAGAGAGGUUUUUCUGCCAAUUCCUGCUGUUUUUCACUCUACACCAAGCAUCAGUAUCCCUAUUCCGAAUGCUUGCAUCAAUUUGUCAAACUGAGGUAGCAGCAACAUUUAGCUGCAACCUGCUUGUCCUAAUAAUGCUGUUGUUUGGUGGCUUUAUAAUUCCACAACAUUCAUUACCGGGGUGGUUACAGUGGGGCUUUUGGACAUCAAUGGUGUCAUAUGCUGAAAUAGGAAUAUCUGUUAAUGAAUUUCUCGCCCCUCGAUGGGCAAAGGUGACAUCAGGAAACUCAACAAUUGGCCACGAGACUUUGUCAAGUCAUGGGCUUAACUUUAAAGGCUACACCUACUGGAUAUCUCUAGGAGCACUCCUUGGAUUUACGUUCCUUUUGAAUGUUGGAUUCACCUUAGCUUUAACAUACAAGAAGUCUCCAGGAGCAUCUCAGGCUGUUAUAUCAUACGAAAAACUUCAGCAACUGCAAGAAGAUCAAUGUAAUGAUAAGGAUGAUAAUAAUGAAAGAUCAACCACAACGACACCUCAGUUGCAUAACAUAUCAAUUGAAGUGAUCCAAGAAGGCAGUAAAGUGGUCUUACCUUUUGAGCCCCUGACACUAACAUUUGAGAAUGUCCGCUAUUAUGUUGAGACUCCAGCGGAAAUGAGAAAAACAGGAAUAUACCAGGAGACAAGGCUUCAGCUUCUACAUGACAUGACGGGAGCAUUUAAACCAGGUGUUUUAACAGCUUUGAUGGGAGAAAGUGGAGCAGGAAAGACAACUCUGAUGGAUAUACUCUCUGGAAGAAAAGACAGCAAACAUAUUGAAGGGGUUAUCCGGGUUGGAGGAUUCCCCAAGGUUCAACAAACCUUUGCUAGGAUUUCAGGUUACUGCGAACAAUCUGACAUUCAUUCUCCUCAGAUCACAGUUGAAGAAUCAGUACUCUUCUCUUCUUGGUUAAGGCUACCAUCACAUAUUAGCGCAACUACAAGAACUGACUUUGUCCGGGAUGUGCUCACAUUAGUUGAACUUGAUGGGAUUAAAAAUAGUUUGGUUGGAGUUCCUGGAGUAAGCGGUCUAUCAAAUGAACAAAGAAAGAGGCUAACCAUCGCAGUGGAACUUGUUUCUAAUCCGUCAAUCAUAUUCAUGGACGAACCAACAUCUGGUCUGGAUGCUAGAGCAGCUGCCAUUGUUAUGCGUGCAGUGAAAAAUGUUGCUGACACCGGAAGAACAGUGGUAUGCACCAUCCACCAACCAAGCAUCGACAUUUUUGAGGCAUUUGAUGAGUUGAUUCUGAUGAAAAAGGGAGGACAAAUAGUUUACUCAGGACCACUGGGUCAGCAUUCAUGCAAGCUUAUCGACUAUUUUGAGAGCAUUCCUGGAGUUCCAGUGAUUAAAAAGAACUACAAUCCAGCAACAUGGAUGUUAGAAAUUACUAUGGGAUCCAUAGAGGAACAGCUUGGUUUAGAUUUUGCACAAGUUUACAAGGAAUCUCAGCUGUACAAAGAGAACAUAGAACAAAUCAAAGUACUGAGAGAGCCACAGGGAAGUUCAAGAGAACUGCAUUUUCCUACUCAGUUUCCACGAAACGGAUGGGAGCAGUACAAAGCAUGCCUGUGGAAACAAAACCUGUCAUAUUGGAGAAGUCCAUCAUACAACUUCAAGUGCUUAUCUUUUGCAACCGUUUCAGCUGUGCUGAUGGGAGUAGUGCUGUGGCAGAAAGGCACGAAAAUCCAAGAUCAACAGGACCUAUUUAACAUACUAUCAGCCGUAUUUAUAGUAUUGCAAGUCAUAGGUACAAAUAACUGCUCUUCAGUUAUAGCAAUAGUGGCAAGUGAACGGUCCGUCUUGUACAGGGAAAUGUUCUCUGGAAUGUACUCUUCUUAUGCAUAUUCCUUCGCACAGGUGUGUAUUGAAAUACCAUAUUUGUUGGUCCAAGCACUCGUGUAUUCAACUAUCACAUACUCGGCAAUGGGGUUCUAUUGGUCCAUCAGCAAGGUUGUCUGGUACUUCUAUGUUUCGUUCUUCUCACUGCUCUACUUCAGUUAUCAAGGAAUGCUUAUUGUGUCACUGAGUCCAGACAUGAAAGUUGCCUCCAUACUAGCCGUGGCCACUUACACUAUUCUUAGCCUAUUCUCAGGAUUCCUGAUACCUGGUCCGGCAAUUCCAAAAUGGUGGGUUUGGUUAUAUUAUAUAACUCCAACCUCAUGGUUCCUGAAUGGAAUUAUCACACCACAAUAUGGGGAUAUAAAACAAGAAAUCUCUGCAUUUGGAGAAAGGAAAGCACUCACCUCUUUCUUAGAAGACUAUUUCGGGUUUCACCAUGACAGAAUUGGUCUUGUGGCUGUAAUUGUUGCCAUAUAUCCCAUUUUAUGUGCCUUUCUAUUUGCAUAUUUCAUCGGAAAACUGAAAUUUCAGAGGAGGUGAAGAAAGCAGAAG